CUCUUUCCAUAGGCUUUGACUGGUUCGCGCGCUCACUUUGAGUUUCUUGAGAGACUUGAAAGGAGCAACACUCUGCGAUUUGGAGAGAAGAAAGCGCCAAAACUUUCUUUCUAGUAAUAAACAGCUACUCCGCUACAAACAUGCACGUGAUUAAAAGAGAUGGGCGCCAUGAGGCAGUUAGUUUUGAUAAAAUCACUUCCCGCAUCCAGAAGCUCUGCUAUGGACUCAACAGUGACUUUGUGGACCCUACCCAGAUUACAAUGAAGGUGAUCCAGGGUCUGUACAACGGGGUCACCACUGUGGAGCUGGACACCCUGGCUGCAGAGACCGCUGCCACCCUUACCACCAAACAUCCUGACUAUGCAAUCCUGGCCGCUCGGAUCGCGGUUUCCAACCUGCACAGAGAGACCAAGAAGGUUUUCAGUGAUGUGAUGGAGGACCUGUACAACUACGUCAACCCCUUAAACAAACGUCACUGUCCUAUGAUCUCCAAGGAGACACUCGACAUAGUCCUUGAAAACAAAUCUGUCCUCAACUCAGCCAUCAUUUACGACAGAGACUUCUCCUACAACUUCUUUGGUUUUAAGACUCUUGAGCGUUCCUAUUUGCUGAAGAUCAAUGGCAAAGUUGCAGAGAGACCCCAGCACAUGCUGAUGAGAGUGGCAGUCGGGAUUCAUAAAGAUGACAUUGAUGCAGCUGUUGAAACUUACAACCUGCUUUCAGAGAAGUGGUUCACCCAUGCCUCUCCUACCCUGUUCAACGCUGGCACCAACAGGCCUCAGUUGUCCAGUUGUUUCCUGCUCGCUAUGAGAGACGACAGCAUCGACGGCAUCUACGACACACUGAAGCAGUGCGCGCUGGUUUCCAAAUCAGCAGGAGGCAUUGGCCUGGCUGUCAGCUGCAUCAGAGCAACGGGCAGCUAUAUCGCUGGGACUAACGGCACUUCUAAUGGGCUUGUUCCAAUGCUGCGUGUAUACAACAACACUGCACGCUACGUGGACCAGGGUGGCAACAAGAGACCAGGGGCCUUUGCGGUGUACCUGGAGCCCUGGCACGCUGACGUGUUUGAGUUUUUGGAGCUGAAGAAGAACACUGGUAAAGAAGAGCAGAGGGCCAGAGACUUGUUCUUCGCCUUGUGGAUUCCAGACCUCUUUAUGAAACGAGUGGAAAGCAACCAGGACUGGUCUCUGAUGUGUCCCAGUGACUGUCCCGGGCUGGAUGAGUGCUGGGGAGAGGAGUUUGAGGAGCUCUACACUCGUUAUGAGAAGGAGGGUAGAGUGAAGCGUGUGGUGAAGGCCCAGCAACUAUGGUACGCCAUCAUUGAGUCGCAGACAGAGACGGGUACUCCCUACAUGCUCUACAAGGACACCUGCAACAGGAAGACCAACCAGCAAAAUCUGGGCACCAUCAAAUCCAGCAAUCUGUGCACAGAAAUAGUAGAAUAUACAAGUAAAGACGAGGUUGCAGUUUGUAACCUGGCGUCCAUCGCCCUCAACAUGUACGUCACCCCAGAGAGGAGCUUUGAUUUCAAAAAGCUUGCAUCUGUGACCAAAGUGAUCGUCAGGAACCUGAACAAGAUCAUCGAUAUCAACUAUUACCCGGUGCCAGAGGCUGAAAAAUCCAACAAGCGUCACAGGCCAAUAGGAAUUGGUGUGCAGGGUCUGGCCGACGCCUUCAUCCUCAUGCGCUACCCAUUCGAAAGUCCGGAGGCCCAGUUACUCAACAUUCACAUCUUUGAGACCAUCUACUACGCUGCCCUGGAGGCCAGUUGUGAACUGGCAGCAGAAUUUGGACCCUAUGAGACGUACACUGGCUCUCCUGUCAGCAAGGGAAUCCUUCAGUACGACAUGUGGAAUAAAACCCCCACAGAUCUGUGGGACUGGAAGGCACUGAAGGAAAAAAUUGCCAAGCAUGGUGUGAGGAACAGCCUUCUUUUGGCCCCGAUGCCCACAGCUUCCACUGCCCAGAUCCUGGGUAACAAUGAGUCCAUAGAGGCUUACACAAGCAACAUCUACACUCGCAGGGUGCUCUCAGGAGAGUUCCAGAUUGUGAAUCCUCACCUGCUGAAGGAUCUUACAGAAAGAGGACUGUGGAAUGAAGAUAUGAAGAACCAGUUAAUUGCUCACAAUGGCUCCAUCCAGGAAAUUAAAGAAAUCCCAGAUGAUCUUAAGCAGCUGUAUAAAACAGUUUGGGAAAUCUCCCAGAAGACUGUCCUCAAGAUGGCAGCAGAUCGUGGCACUUACAUCGAUCAGAGUCAGUCUCUCAACAUUCACAUCGCUGAGCCCAACUACGGCAAACUCUCCAGCAUGCACUUCUACGGAUGGAAGCUGGGCCUGAAAACAGGCAUGUACUACCUGAGAACGAAGCCCGCCGCCAACCCCAUCCAGUUCACACUAAACAAGGAGAAGCUGAGGGAGAGCCAGUCGGCCAAGAGUGUGGAGGAGGAAGCCAGGGAGCGCAACACAGCAGCCAUGGUCUGCUCCUUAGCAAACAAGGACGAAUGCCUGAUGUGUGGCUCCUAAAGCAGGCAGCGACUCUCUGCAGCUCCAUCACACCAACGGCUUCAAAAAUCCCAAGUUUACAGUUAUUUUAUGAUUACCAAACAUUUUUAACUAUGAAAUGGUUGUUCUAUUUAUAUGGAGCUAAAUUGGAGCCAAAAAGUUUGUUAGAUUUAUUUUUU